GUUUUUACUUUUAAUUAAAAUUGUCAUGACAGUUAUUGUGAUCGUAUGUUUUCUAUUAUUUCUAUGCUCUUUGUUGGAUUGCAUAUCUUUUUGACACAUAUUACAUUCUUAGAAUAUUCACUAUUUUACUAAAAUGGCCGAGAUAUUAAAAGAUUGGCUUUCUCAAACCUUGGAAAGACCAGUUACAUGGGAAGCAGAAGAAUUUGGAAAUAUGAUGAAAAAUGGACAUGUCGUUGCGACAGUCUUGAGAUCCUACCACGUUAUAAACGACGAAAAACAUUAUAUUAUUAGAGCUAGCAACGAAGAGGCUGAUAUAAAAAAUAAUUGGAAACAUUUGAGGGAGUGGUUGAAAGAAGUUGAAGUAAACUUAACCGAUGAAGAUCUAAAUAAUGUUAUGAUGGGCAAAGGCUCAUCAUUGCUUCGUUUGUUUUACCAGCUUUUUCUUCAUUUAGAUAAACGCGACCGCAUAAACUUUAUUAAACGAGAAAGAAAAAUGGUAUCAAGUUUAGUAGAGAAAUUAGAAAAUAGAUUUACAGUUAAGAAAGUUACUGAAGAACAAGAACCAUUUGUUGAUUAUCUAUCCAAACCUCUACUAGACGAAAGGCAAUUCAUUGAAUGGCAAAAACGAAAAGCAAAAGAGAUUAAAGAAUCGUUUGAUUAUCUUCAUCACAAAUAUUCAAAAAUAAUUAGUAAAAUAGAAGAUUCCAAAAUUCCGAAACCUUGUUACGUGAAAAAAGGUUCCCGCCAAGUUCCAAAGAAGAACGAAGAUAUAGAUAAAUUUGAGAAGCAACAUCCCUGUAAGUAUCAAAAUUACACAUAUGAGGAAUUAAUGGCGCUUGAAGAAAAAGCUUUACAGCGAAAGAAGUCAUUUGUGGAUUCUGAUUGGACAAAUGAAUAUUUGAGUAAUCUGUUCCUAAGAAUUCGAAGAAGAUCCGAUUCUGAAGAAUUUCAAAGACAUGUUGCAAGUGCAUUAAGUAAUUCUUUAUGGAAUACUUGCGUUGCUGAAGAAGAAAGUAAAGCGGACAUGGAACUGGCCAAAAAGGUUAUGAAGUUGUCACAAUUCGAGAAGCAAAUGUGCACACAAAUUAUGGAGACGAAGCAACAGGCGCGGAAUUUAGUUAAGAACAGAAUACAAGGUGAAAUUGAAUAUACUGAACAAAGAGAGCAUCAACUAAACAUAUUUUUCGACAAUCUCAAAGAGAAGAUAGAUUCAGGCAUUGUAGAGAUUGAUUUUGAACAAAGGAGACAAAAUCAGUUGCAUAAAAGAUUGUAUGCUGAAAAAAUGAAGCGUAAAAGACAAAUAUAUUACGACAUAUGUUACGAAACUCUCUUAGCGCUGAUUGAUUAUGCGGUCAAAUAUGGGUAUUUUAAAAAACUGAUGGAAGACGAUGUUCCACAGCAUUUCAUUCAUGAAUGGAAAUGUUUAUUUUUCAAGCAACAACCUAUUUUCGAAGUACUCGUUCCUACUGAAGAUAUAUUAAAAUUAAGAGACGCUGAAGAAUCGUCCUCUGUUACUUAUGAAGAAAUUGUAUAUGUAGAACGUGAUAGACAGCAGGUGAUGAAUGAUUGUGAAUUUCAAGAAUAUCUUAAUUACUUAUACCCGUGGAAUUUGGAUGUUUUAAUACCAAAUUAUGAACCAGAAUCGGAGGAGAGCACAGCGGAGAGCUUAGGACUUAAAAUAUUAGGUCAUGCUGUUUACACUUUAUUAGAAGUGAAAUAUCCGUAUCCAUCGAAAAGGUUACCAGCUGAUUUACCAGAUUACACAUCAAAAGUACUCUUACGCAGUUUACCAGACAAGUCUUUGAGCAAUAUUUUAGAAACUCUGUUAAAUUCUCAGAAAAUACGCGUUGUGCGUCUUGAAUCUGUUAUUAACUAUUGUUUAAGAGAAUAUCAAAUGGAUAUGAUUGGGCGUACUGAAAUCCAAUUAUCAUAUGACAGUUUUUUAGCCGCAACACAAGAAGAGGAAACUAAAGAUCUGAUUAAGUCUAUGAAAUCUGAAGAUGAAGUGCUCGUGAAAAGUCGUGAUAUUGAUAAUUCUGGUUCACUUCUUUCGCCUUUACCUAAUACAAAACAAACACAAACGCCAAAAUCACUGCCAGAAGAUGAAAUGAUAAUGUCACCUGCUGCAAGUUUAGGACAAUAUGCAUACGAUGCCUUAACAGCUGGAGAGCCUUUGACUGAUUACUUAUUAGCUGCAAUGAUCGUUGAGUAUCUUAAACAUCAAGAGGAUAUUGUAGGAUUUGUUAUUGUUAACUAUCCCAAUACUUAUCUACAACUCCAAAUACUGGAAGAAGCUUUCGUUGGUUUCGGUCCACCUGAUUUUGAAGAAUUGAAUGACAAUGAGGACGAACUUUUAGAAGAAUGCAUACUGAAGCAUAGAUUAAAAGAAUUAGACGUUUACAAAGAAGUGAGGGUCUCUAAAAUAGUUAAAGAUCCACACAAGAAACUGGCUGAUAAACCGUUUGAAACUUAUUUUACAGCCUACAUUAAUCUUAAGCAGACUACAGAUAUAUCAGAGGAAUUGAUGAUUUGGGAACUUACUGAGGAAAAUUCUGAUAUCAUAGACAGAUUCUAUGCCGUCAUGGGAAUUAACUACAGUUUAUUUUAUGAAGUAAUAGAUAGAGAUUUAAUAGGUCAGAUAUGUAAAUUUGUCAUUGGCGACUUUAGCAUCCCAAUAAAGUCAUUUGAAGAGUUAUUCGACGAAAAUAUUGUAAACCAGAUUGAAUUCCCCAAUUCAGAAGUGAAGCGUAUUAGUUCAAAAAUUGUUAAAUCUGAUAUUGUCAACAGUAAAUCGAAAGAAAAAAUAAGAAGAAAUUCCAAACUUAGUAGAACUACUAUAGAGACAGAAUUAGAAAUAAUUAAGGCACCUCUUUCUUUUGGUGAUGUUGAACAAAAUCGUAUUAAAACAUUAGAAAGUAUGAUUGCGCAAGAUAAUAAGAGUAAAUCUUUAUAUAGCGUUGACAAAAUUAAAGUGCUACCAGGGGAAGAAGAUUGGAUCUAUGGAGUUUUGCCGAUCCCUGAACCGAUGGGUUCAGCUUUAGCUAGCUAUUGGGAGGAAUUUGAGAAGUCAUAUGUUGAUAGUAUACAACAAAUGUUUUUCACUACAAGACUACAAAUGAACUAUGUUAUACCAUACACACGAUUUUUGAAAGACAAAAUGAUACAAAUUAUAACAUUGCCGUCGGACAAACAGAAUAUAGUGACGGAAUUUCAAAAGAAAUACAACGAAUUCGAAAAUGACUGGCGACCGUUAAGCGUUGCUAGAAAUGAAUGGCAUUGUAGAGUGAAAGAGUUGCAGAAUAAAUUAUAUAAUAUUUGUGACCAGAGAAAAGUUUUCGCUGAAGAUAAGAGACAUUCUUUAAUAUGUGAUAAUUGGACCAUUGAAGAACUCACUAUUUUAGCUAAUACAUAUAUUUCUUUAAUGCAAAUGGAAUUAAACAGAUCAAUUAUGACGUUUCAAAUACUAAACGAUUUUUAUUUUACGAUGCUUAAAGGCGCGCCGCCUUCUGAUAGACUUUCUUCUAAAGAUUUAACAAAGAUAUACCGUGAAACGGAAACCAGUCAUUCUAGUAAGAAAGGUGGAGAUGAAAAGUUGUACAAGCAUUUAAAAUCUGUUUUCCAAGAGUUCUUUAUAAAGAGCAUUGAAUUCGAUUUCGACAACAAUCCAUUUAACAUGGUAAUUGAAAGCAAUGUAAAAUUUGCUACGAAAAUUGUAAAAGAUUUGGGUGAAUCUUAUCGAUCAAUUAUAAGUAAGGAAUAUAGUGAAAAAUCUAAAAUAACACCAAUGAAGAAGAAGGAAGGAAACGGCUCCACUGAGUCCUGCCACCAAGAGGAAAUUUUAAAAGAAAACGCAUUAAAAUGUUUAGAAGAAUGGCCUAUUGGUGUUAAUGGAGAAAUGUUACGUUUCAAUUUGCGCAUAUCAGCGUUGCAACACAAAUGUUACGCGGAUAUGAAGCUCUUUAGUGAUCAAGUAUUGAAAGCAUUCAUAGAAAUUCAAAACUUAAUUGACACAUAUUACUCAAAUGAGGUAUUGGCUGUGGAUAGGUUGUGUAAGUACUUUCAUAUGGCCAUAGAGAAAGGAAGGAAAAUCCCAGAAUCAUUACUACUUGAGUUUGAUACAUUAAUUAUAGACAAUAAUGUUCUCCAGUUUGCUCCAUCAGUGGAAACGAUAAUUCCAGAAAGUAAAUCUGAAAUUAAAAGAUAUUCUAAUUUUAAAACUAAUCAGCUAGCGCGGUUACGAUCCCAAUUUCAACUGGUUGCACCCUCAGGCACUAUUAUGCAUAAAGCUUUUAUUUAUUUACUGCAAGAUUUUAUCAUUUUUGGUAAUGAAAGUAAAGAAGGUUCCCUAUUUCCUGAUGUUUGGAAAAAUAUUGAUCCCGAACAGGUUCAAAAACUUGUGUUCUCUUUAUUUGGUGAAACAGCUUACGUGGAUUGGAGGGAGUUUCUAAUUUACUGCCUUCAGCUUAGUUUUCCAACGAUAGCGGAAUUAUUGGAAGUUCGAAAAAAAUUUCGUUGCAUAGAUUUAGAAUCUACAGAGCUGAUAUCGAGAGAUAACUUUAUAAAAGAAGAACUAUGGUUUGAUAAAGAUUUUAUUACUGAAGAUAAACAGGAUUUAUUAAAAUUGAAUUUGAUUAAACAUUUCUUGUUCGAAUUAUAUGAGACUGAAGAAGACAUGAUGAAUUAUUCUGCGUUUUUGUUAGCGUUUUGUAAAAAUGUAGAUCCAAUAAAAGGUUUUAUUGCUGCAUUAUCUAUGGCGGUUGGACAAGAAAUAUGUCAUUCUUUAGAUGAUUGUGGUGAUAUUGUCACUUAUCUAAUAAAUGAGAAGAAAUAUAGAGACGAAUGUUUAGCGUGUGCCUUAAAGUGCACUGAGCAAUUCAUUAAUAAACUAAUUCACAGAGUCGUCAGUAUAUGUGAAGGUACAACAGUUGAAGAGGUUAUGUACACGGAAUCGGUUCCCGAAGAAAAGAAUGUUAAAAAGAGAAAAACCACGAGAAUAAGGAAAACUGUUGGCAACCAGAGCGGACGAUCGGAUGUCUCUCAAAAGCGCGGAUCUCAAUAUGUAAAGGCACCUUCUAUAGUUGUUUCACAAGCUGCAAUGAUUUGUCCGCCGUGUGAGAAACCGGUUGAAAAACCUAAAGAACCGGAAAAAGAACCUGUUGUCAAGCCCCCGGUUGAAGAGCCACCAAUCCCGUAUAGAGAUCCCAACAUUUGCUUAGAGGUAAGUCAAACAGUUAUAUGGAAUGUUUUGAAGAUUUGCCUGCCCUGGCAUUUUGUGAUAUUACCAGAAACAACAGAAUCUCUGUAUGUAAAACAAGUCGAAGAAGUAUUGAAGACUUUAGAAUGUGACACAGAUAACAAAGAUAUUUAUGUUUGUAAGUUAGUUGCGGAUCCGAACUUUUGUAAAAUAUUGCAUAAAGUUAAAAAGUUUACCUUCGUCGAUCUGUUAGAAGAAAUUGUUACUAUGAUUUAGAGGAUUUGCUUUACUUUGUGUAAAAUUAUUAUUUUGCUUACUAUAAUAAAAGCAAUGUUCUUGUGA